AUGUCGUCACAACAACGUGGAAUUAAGUUUAACGACACUGAAACUACGCGUUUUUUGGAGUUAUAUUCUAUGGAAAAGGUGUUAUAUGAUUCAAGUUUGGAGGAAUACCGUGAUAGAGAUUUACGUGCCGCCGCAGCUAAGAGAAUUAGUCAUGAAUUAAAUAUUCCUGGAUUUGGACCAAAAGAAGUUAUAUCAAAAUUCAAAAAUUUAAGAAGCUCUUUCUGUCAGGAGUUAAAAAAAAUAUCAGACAGUGCAAGGUCAGGAAAAGGUACAGAUGACAUAUACAAGCCAAAAGUAUUUUGGUUUGAUCAGAUGAACAGUUUUAUUCGUCCGUUUGUUCAACAGCGACCCACACAAUCGAAUCUGGUAAAUACCUUUUUUUUACUUCUACCUUCCUAA